GCGGGCUCGCGCAGUGGGCGGGCCGCUCGCCGGAAACCCGCCGGAAGCCCGCAGAGCGGAACCUGAAUGCGGCGGCCUGGACGGACCCGCGCUAAGCGGACCGGAAGUUGGUCCGUUUUCGUUUUCUGCCCUCUGCCCCCAGCUGAGCGCCGCUCUCACGGCCGAGGCCGGUGCGUGCGCUGGGGUACGCCGGGACCCAGAGCGGCGAGCGGAGGAGGACCGAGAGCCGAGCGGGGCGCAGAGCGGGGCGGCGGCGCUGGCCUGGGCGUCCAGCGGCGGGCUGUGAGCGCCGGCCCUGCCAGCUCCCUUGGGCGCCCGGCGUCUCUACGGCGCGCGGCCAGCCGAGCCUGCAGGGCGGCCUGCUGGGGUCCCCGCCGGCGCCUCCGUCGCAGGCCGCUCGGCGCCCGGGCGGCUGCCAGCGCAGAAGGAAACGUACUUCUAGGCCUGGGAAAAGUUUUCCGUGCUCCAGUUACUCUGAGGAAAAUUGAAUGGGAGGAAACGCUGAAACAGUAACGUUUUCACAGUGUUACUUUGUGACUCUCUGGCCUCGGAGGUUGGAAGACUCUGGCGAGUUCCCCUUUAAAGUAGAAAGGUCUUAUCUUGGUGCAACAGACUGUUUGAGGAAGCGGAAUAAUUUUGUACACUUAGUAUUUAUUGUCUUCUAAUAAUUGAAUCAAAGAUGAACCCAACCAACCCUUUUGGUGGGCAGCAGCCUAGUACUUUUGCAGCAUCUUCUAGUAGUUCAGUGGGAACAUUUCAGGCCAAACCCCCAUUUCGGUUUGGUCAGCCUUCUCUUUUUGGGCAAAGCAAUACACUAUCUGGGAAGAACACAGGAUUCUCACAGGUACCUGGCUUUGUGGCACCUUCCUCUUCAGUGCAAACGUUUGGACUCACCCAAACCUCAAGUUCUGGACUCUUUUCUGGACUUGAACACACUCCCUUUGUAGCUGUCUCUGGGCCUUCAAGUUCAUCUGUGUCUGGAAAUGCAGGAUUUAGUUUCAAAUCACCCACUAGCCUUGGGGUUUUCCCAAGUACUUCUACUUUUGGAUCAGAAUCUGGAGAAAUAGCAAGCUGUGGUUUUGGGAAAACCGAAUUCAGCUUUAAACCUCUGGAAAAUGCAGUGUUCAGACCAAUACUGGGGACUGAGUCCGAACCAGAGAGAACCCAGAGCCAAAUUACUUCUGGGUUUUUCACAUUUUCCCACCCAAUUAGUAGUGGACCUGGAGGCUUGGCUUCUUUUUCCUUUCCUCAGGUGACAAGUAGUUCAGCUACCAAUUCAAAUUUUACCUUUUCAAAACCAGUUAGUAGUAGUAAUUCAUCAUCUGCUUUUACCCCUGCUUUGUCAAACCAAAAUGUAGAGGAGGAGAAGAGAGAACCUAAAUCAAUUUUUGGAAGUUCUAAUAGUAGCUUCAGUAGCUUCCCCAUAUCAUCUUCUGGGUCUUUGGGGGAACCAUUCCCUGUAAACAAAACGGGUAUCCGACCAGGGUGUGAAGAAGCUGUUUCCCAGGUGGAGCCACUUCCCAGCCUCAUGAAAGGACUGAAAAGGAAAGAGGACCAGGAUCGUUCCCCUAGGAGGCAUGGCCACGAGGCAGAAGACUCAGACCCUUUGUCAAGGGGUGACCAUCCUCCAGAUAAACGGCCUGUGCGCCUGAAUCGACCUCGAGGAGGCACUUUGUUUGGUCGGACAAUACAGGAUGUCUUCAAAAGCAAUAAAGAAGUAUGUCGUCUGGGCAACAAAGAAUCUAGAAAGGAAGUUGGCUUUGUGGAGUCCGGGGAAAGUGACCACAUGGCUAUCCCAGGAGGGAGUCAGUCUGUCCUGGCACCCUCCCGGCUUCCAGGUGUGAAUAAAGAGGAAGAAACUGAAGGUAGAGAUAAAAAAGAAGAUUCUCUAAGGGGAACUAUGCGUCAGAGUAAAAGAAGCGAGAGCACAGACAGUCUUGGGGGCUUGUCUCCCACUGAAGUCACAGCAAUCCAGUGCAAGAACAUCCCUGACUAUCUCAAUGACAGAACUAUUCUGGAGAACCACUUUAGCAAAAUUGCUAAAGUACAGCGCAUCUUUACCAGGCGCAGCAAGAAGCUUGCAGUAGUGCAUUUUUUUGAUCAUGCAUCUGCAGCCCUGGCAAGGAAGAAGGGGAAAAGUUUACAUAAGGAUGUGGCUAUCUUUUGGCACAAGAAGAAAAUAAGUCCCAAUAAGAAACACUUUUCCCUGAAGGAGAAGAAACCUGGUGACAGUGAAGCCAGCCAGGGAACAGAGGAUGCACCCUUUCAGCACUCCCCUCUUGGCAAGCCCAUGGUGAGGCCUGCAGCUGGAGGCCUGAAUAAAAGCUCUCCAGUGAAGAAGCCAAGUCUUCUGAAGGCUCACCAGGUUGAGGGAGACCCAUUUGACUCUGGGUCUGAGGGCUCUGAGGGCCUUGGGCCGUCCGUGUCAUCCCUUAGUACUCUGAUAGGUACUGUUGCUGAGACAUCUGAGGAGAAGUACCGCCUGCUUGACCAAAGAGACCGGAUCAUGCGGCAAGCUCGGGUGAAGAGGACUGAUCUGGACAAAGCCAGGACUUUUGUUGGGACAUGCCCUGACAUGUGUCCUGAGAAGGAGCGGUACAUGCGGGAGACCCGGAGUCAGCUUAGCGUUUUCGAAGUGGUCCCAGGCACUGACCAGGUGGACCAUGCUGCGGCCGUGAAGGAAUAUAGCCGGUCUUCAGCUGAUCAGGAGGAGCCUCUGCCACAUGAGCUACGACCAUCUGCAGUGCUCAGCAGGACCAUGGACUACUUGGUGACUCAGAUCAUGGACCAGAAGGAAGGCAGCCUGCGGGACUGGUACGACUUCGUGUGGAACCGCACACGGGGCAUACGGAAGGACAUUACACAGCAGCAUCUCUGUGAUCCCCUGACGGUGUCCCUGAUAGAGAAGUGCACCCGAUUUCACAUCCACUGUGCUCACUUCAUGUGUGAGGAGCCCAUGUCCUCCUUUGAUGCCAAGAUCAACAAUGAGAACAUGACCAAGUGCCUACAGAGUCUAAAAGAGAUGUACCAAGAUCUGAGGAACAAAGGCAUCUUCUGUGCUAGUGAAGCCGAGUUCCAGGGGUACAACGUUCUGCUCAAUCUCAACAAGGGGGACAUCCUGAGAGAAGUGCAGCAAUUUCACCCAGAUGUCAGAAACUCCCCCGAGGUGGACUUCGCUGUCCAGGCUUUUGCUGCACUGAACAGUAAUAAUUUUGUGAGAUUUUUCAAACUGGUCCAGUCAGCUUCCUAUCUGAAUGCGUGUCUUUUACACUGUUAUUUCUAUCAGAUCCGCAAGGAUGCUCUCCGGGCUCUCAACAUUGCAUAUACUGUGAGCACACAGCGAUCUACUGUCUUUCCCCUGGAUGGUGUGGUGCGCAUGCUGCUUUUCAGAGACUGCGAAGAGGCCACAGACUUCCUCAACUAUCAUGGCCUCACUGUUUCUGAUGGCUGUGUGGAGCUGAACAGGUCUGCAUUCCUGGAACCAGAGGGAUUAUCCAAGGCCAGGAAGUCAGUGUUUAUUACCAGGAAGCUGACAGUGUCGGUUGGUGAAGUUGUAAAUGGAGGGCCAUUGCCCCCAGUUCCUCGUCACACACCCGUGUGCAGCUUCAACUCCCAGAACAAGUACGUCGGGGAGAGCCUGGCCACAGAGCUACCCGUCAACGCUCAGAGACCUAGCUUGGAUACAUCGGGUGAUGGGAGAGGAGAAGAAUGUGAGGCAGAGCAGGAUGUGCCAUCACAGGGUCUCCUUCCGCAGCCUCUUCCAGUCCCCGUACCCUCACCUGUAUCUCUGCCUCAUGUCCCUCCACCACCCCCAUCUGUGGCACCCAGUCUAUGCCAGCUCUCCAUGCAGCCUGAGGUGCUGCCUCCAAAGCCUGCACCUGUGUACUCUGAUGCGGACCUUGUGCAGGUGGUGGAUGAGCUUAUCCAGGAGACUCUUCAGAGGGACUGUGAGGAAGUGAGCUCGGCUGGCGCAGCUUAUGCAGCUGUAGCUCUGGGUGUUUCUAAUGCUGCCAUGGAGGAUCUGUUAAUGGCUACAACCACAGGCCUUUUGAGGCAUGUUGCAGUUGAAGAAGUGACUGAGGAAAGGGAGCGAAGGGAGGAAGAAAAGAGGCGGGCUGAAGAGGAAAGGCUACAACAAGAAAGGGAGCUGGUAUUAACUCAUUUGAGCCAGACCUUGACUGCAGAGCUGACAGAACUCAUGGUGACAGAGUGUGUGUGGGAAACUUGCUCCCAGGAGUUGAAGAAUGCAGUGGAGACAGACCAGAAGGUUCGUGUGGCCCGUUGUUGUGAGGAUAUCUGUGCCCAAUUGGUGGACUUGUUUCUUGCUGAGGAAAUUUUCCAGACUGCCAAAGAGACGCUACAGGAACUUCAGUGCUUCUGCAAGUAUCUACGGCGGUGGAGGGAAGCUGUUACAGCCCGGAAGAAACUAAGGCGUCAGAUGCGGGCCUUUCCUGCAGCACCCUGCUGUGUGGAUAUGAAUAACCGGUUGCAGGCACUGGCACCCAGUGCAGAGUGCCCUAUUGCUGAGGAGAACCUGGCUAAGGGCCUUUUGGACCUGGGCCAUGCAGGGAAAGUGGGCAUCUCCUGCACCAGGUUGAGGCGGCUCAGAAACAUGACAGCUCACCAGAUGAAGGUUCAGCACUUCCACCAGCAGCUGCUGAGCAAUGCUGCAUGGGCACCUCUGGACCUUCCAUCCCUUGUGGCUGAGCACUUCCCUGAGAGGCGGGAGCGCGUGUUCUGGAAGUUGGUACUAGUGCUACCUGAUGGAGAAGAGCAGUCCCCGGGGAGUCCUGGCAGAAUUCUAGCAAAUUGGCUAAAAGCCAAGUUCAUGGGAGAUGAUGGUUCAGUUGGUGACAUGUGUUCUAAUAAUGCUGGUGAUAUCCAGACACUCACAAUAUUUAAUGCACUCAGCAGCAAAGGGGAUCAGACAGUUUCUGUCAAUGUGUGUAUAAAGGUGGCCUGUGGUACCCUCAGUGACGGUGCCCUUGAUGCUGUGGAGACCCAGAAGGACCUCCUGGGAGCCAGUGGGCUCAUGCUGCUGCUUGCCCCCAAAGUGAAGAGUGACGACGUGGCAGAGGAGGAUGUGUACUGGCUAUCGGCCUUGUUGCAGCUCAAGCAGCUCCUGCAGGCCAAACCCUUUCAGCCUGCACUUCCACUGGUGGUCCUUGUGCCCAGCUCCGGAAGGGAUGAUGUCAGGAAGGAAGUGGAGGAUGGUCUGAUGCUACAGGACUUGGUUUCAGCUAAGCUGAUUUCAGAUUACACUGUUACUGAGAUUCCUAAUUCUAUUAAUGAUUUACAAGGCACCAUGAAGGUUUCUCAGGCAGUGCAGUGGCUGGUCUCUCGCUGCCCCCACGUUCUUGACCUUUGUUGCCAGACUCUUAUUCAGUACAUUGAGGAUGGGAUUGGCCAUGAAUUUAGUGGUCGGUUUUUCCAUGACAGAAGAGAGAGACGUCUGGGUGGCCUGGCCUCACAGGAGCCCAGUGCCAUCAUUGAGCUCUUUAACAGUGUGCUGCAGUUCCUGGCCUCUGUGGUGUCCUCUGAGCAGCUAUGUGACUUGUCAUGGCCUGUCACUGAGUUUGCUGAGGCAGGAGGUAGCCAGCUGCUUCCUCACCUUCACUGGAACUCCCCAGAGCACCUGGCUUGGCUGAAGCAGGCUGUGCUUGGGUUCCAGCUCCCACAGAUGGACCUUCCACCUGCAGCAGCACCCUGGCUUCCUGUAUGCUCCAUGGUUGUCCAGUAUACCUCCCAGAUCCCCAGCUCACGCCAGACGCAGCCCGUCCUCCAAUCACAGGUGGAAAACCUACUCCGCAGAACAUACCGCAGGUGGAAGAACAAGAGCCCCUCAAUGGACCAGGGGGCAGGACCCUCUGUCGAGGAGAUUCCUUGGGAUGACAUUAUUGCCUUGUGCAUCAACCACAAGCUGAGGGAUUGGAUGCCCCCCAGGCUUCCUGUCAUCUCAGAGGCAUUGAGUGAAGAUGGUCAGAUAUGUGUAUAUUUUUUUAAAAACCAUUUGAAAAACUACGAUGUUCCUUUGUCAUGGGAACAAGCCAGAGUGCAGACACAGAAGGAGCUACAGCUGAGUCAAGGACGUUUGGGGAUAAAGUCUUUUCAUUAUUCUGCAAGCAAUUUUCCUACUCCGUUACUUCACGUGCACCAUAAAGGGAAGAGGAAUGAAGAGUGUGACCCAGAGGAGCGGAGUCUCAGUGCAGAGGAUCUGAUGCGAGGAGCUUCUGCCCAGGAACUCCUGGCGCAGUGUCUGUCCAGUAGUCUAUUAAUGGAGAAGGAGGAGAAUAAGAGAUGGGGAGGAAUCAUUCAGCUGGUAGCCAAAGUCAGCCUUCCCCUUGGAUUUCAUCUUCCACACACUUAAGGGCACUCAACCAGUUUGAAGAUCAGCUUCAGCAGUGGUUGUCUCAAGACUUGAGAACAGUGACAGAUACAACUUCUCUUCCCCUCUACCUUCCUCAGACACUAAUGUCUCUUCCUCAGACUAUUGAACCUGUGGCAAAAAUACCUACA